AUGUCGCAAGGAAAUUCUAUUGCUCGGGCUUUGACAAUUACUGGUGUACUUGCAGCCGUCUCUUUGACCGGUUAUGCGUUGUAUUUUGAUCAUAAGAGAAGAAAUAACCCAGAAUUUAGGAAACAAUUGAGGCAGAAGGUCAAGAAACAAGCUGAAUUGCAGAGGAAGGAACAAGAGGAAGCUAAACAGGUGAAGCUGCAAAAUGUUCGCGAAUUCUUGACUCAAGAAUUGGUUACUGACCCUAUUCCAAGUGAUCCAUCACAAAGAGAAACUACAUUUACCACAAAUGUGGAGCUAGGUGAACGUUUGUCUAUGGCACCCGGCAAAGAGCUGGAAUCAGCAUCCAAGUUCUACAAGGCUCUGAGCGUUUAUCCAAAUCCAGCGGACUUGCUAGGCAUAUAUCAGAGAAGCGUCCCGGAGGCCGUCUACGAGUACAUCGUUAUGAUGAUUGCUAUUCUGCCUCCUGCGAACAUUUCAACUUUUCUAAGUGGAGCAAAGGAUCAAGUCGCCGCGCAACAGGCUGAGAGUGCUGCUAUGGCAGAAGCGAACGAAAUUGAUGAAUAA